CAAAGAAGAAAAUGUAAAAAAUAUUAACCAAAACAAACUUGAAGCCACCCAAAGCUUUAAUUUAGUCACGUAAUGAAUACAAGCUUCCCAGGACAGGCACUGGCAGGGGUGUUUGUGCACAUGGCACCUGUCCCCGCUUGCGUCCAGUGAUGCAUGAAAAGGGCCACCUUUGCAAAACAUUUCCUGUUUAUAAUGCCUCCUGAUGCUUACAAGGUCACAAUAAUUUCAGCUGUUACACAGAGAGGCAAACCGCUUUUUUAUUCCCCACCUGCAACUUUUUUGAUCUGUGUUUCAUUACCAGCUUUCCUUCUGUUGUCAUAUAACAAGUGUAUAUAGACCAGCAGCACUAGAGUCGCUUGUCCACCUGAUACAAGUCCCUCAAACCAAUAAAUAAUCUAGGGUCGAUCCAAAAGUAAUGAUCCUCAUCAAUGAGGAUCUCAGGCUCAGACCUGAAAACCCUGACAACAUGUCUCUGCUGACCUUCCUGGUGCUAUUGGUCCUCCCAAUCGCCUGCUGAUAAGAUAAGGAGCACAGUUGGUAUAGGCAGCUCUGACUUCCUGGUCUGCAUGUGCAUGUGGCAGCCAAGGCACAGGACGUGGAGCUGCACUCCAUGUUUCCUCCUGGGGUUUGGCACCUCCUGUCUUGUCUUUCUGAGUGACUGGAGGGGAAGGGAGGGAGCUCCACUUCCUGGGCUACUGGAAGGACUUCUGAACUCCAGCUUGCAUUUUCCCUGCUCAGUGUGGAGCUACAAGAAAAACUUCUGCCUAGCAUGGCUGAUAGGAAGGCCUUAAAUCAUGAACUUUCUAAACUUUUCAAUGAGAUGUGGGAUAUGGAUGUUAAUCGCUUUGCACCUGGGAAAGAUUAUGCAAUUGAACUGCAGGGAAAAGCAGAUGCUGUACAGCAAGGUGACAGUGCAGCCAGACAUCUGUUUCAUUACGUAAAUGAAGAACGCCUGAAGAACACAAAAACUUUUGCAACCUUUAUUUCCUUAUUGGACAAUUAUGAGACAUCAACUGGAGUAGAAGAAGUAGUGACUCCAGAAGAAAUAGCUGAAAACAAUUGCUUUCUUGAUGCUAUCUUAAUGACUGGAGUAAUGAAACUAGCUCACCAGUAUCUGGUUAAAAAAAAACUAGCAAAGCCAAAGCUUGUUGAUUUCAAGUAUCAGCUCUAUGACAUCUGGUUCCAGCUCUAUCCCAGGAAAGAAGGAGACAGACCUGAUUCUUGUGGUUUUGAACAUGUUUUUGUUGGAGAAACAAGGCAUGGUAAACAGAUCUUAGGUUUGCACAAUUGGGUGCAAUUUUAUCUUCAGGAAAAGCAUAAACAAAUUGACUACAAGGGAUACAUCGCUCGGAAGAAUAAAACCAGGCCUGAUAGAGAUGACCAAGUUUUGAGCAUCCAGUUCAGCUGGAAGGGCUCAGUCAAACCAAUUGGAAGCAACUUUAUUGGCGUCAGCCCUGAGUUUGAAUUUGCCCUUUACACCGUCAUUUUUCUGCUGUCUGAAGAAAGAGUCACACGUGAAACAGUGAAGAUAGAAGAAUAUGAGCUACAGAUCGUUGUUUGUCGCCAUGGGCGCCACAUUGGAACAGCAUAUCCAGUGCUCCUCAACACCAAUAAUGAAGACUAGUAGCACAGUGAUCAGGCAACAUUUCUUCCUUUUUUUUUUGGUGGAGAGGAGGGAGUAAAUUGAUGUGUUGUUUUGUACAAUUCAUUUCUAGUAUAGAACUAUAGAACUAUUUGUGAGUUGUUCCCUUUUGAUUUGCACUGAAGUGUUGAAUCAAAGUGUGCCACAUUGAAGUGUCUGACCCACCUUGAAAUAUGCUUGUUUUCUUAUUAAAGUCUCUGUUAAACUUG